AUGAACCACGUAGCUCUCCGACGCCUGUCUCCCCUCAUGAUGAAGAUAGAUAUAUGUGUCUGCUCAAUUCUACCCGGCUCCUCUACCAGCAGUCCUUUACCAACAGUCCUCUACCAGCAGUCUUCUACCAGCAGUCCUUUACCAACAGUCCUCUACCAGCAGUCUUCUACCAGCAGUCCUUUACCAACAGUCCUCUACAGCAGUCUUCUACCAGCAGUCCUCUACCAGCAGUCUUCUACCAGCAGUUCUCUACCAACAGUUCUUUACCAACAGUUCUUUACCAACAGUCCUCUACCAGCAGUCCUCUACCAACAGUCUUCUACCGGCAGUCCUCUACCGGCAGCCCUCUACCGGCAGUCCUCUACCAGCAGCCCUCUACCGGCAGUCCUCUACCAGCAGUCCUCUACCAGCAGUCCUCUACCAGCAGUCCUCUACCAGCAGUACAGCACCACUUGUUUGUGAGCGCCUGUCCACUUCUAUUCUCAUGGUGUUUGUUUGCCUGACAGUGUAAUGCUCGAAAGUGUGUGUGUGUGGUCUGUGUAUGUGAAAGCGUGUUGAGUGAAGAUAUAAGGGCUGCAGCGUUGUUUCUGUGGAUGGAUGGCAGUACCCCUCUGCCUAUGAACAUCCAGGAUAUAUAAUCUAUUAACUAUCAUUAUGCCAGCCUAUCUGAGCACAAAAUGAGGCGCCAUUAUCUAGCGAUUAUUUAUGAACUGCCAUCGCAGGCUGAAAAGAAUUUGUCCUUUGUUAAUUAGUCACCUAUUCAGUUAGAAAAUGGUGUUUGAGACGGGGACAGAAACCCACUCCAGGCAGAACAGAAAGAGAGCGUCAUCUUUUCAAAUGACAUAGGUGGAAAUGGAGCUAAUUGCAGAUGCUCUGAAAUUCAAAGCUAAUUUUGAAACACAUUUGACAAGUGUAUUAUUCACUUUUGAAGAGGUCUGCACUGCUCUGGGCCUAUACAUGCGUGCACACUUGUGCCUGCCUGAAUGGGUGUGUACAUGUAUGAGUGUGUGUGCAGGUGUGUACUUGCAAGGUCAGUGUGCGUAACUGAACGAGACAGGGUUUUGUUGGAGAACACUCUGGGGCCCUCUCAAAUGGAUCCAGUGCCUCUGACAGUGUGGCCUGAGGCAGGUGAUUGUGUGAAAUGUUAUUUCCAACAUUGGCACCAGUCCUCCAGGCCACUUGUCAACUCUUCCACGAUCUUUCUAUGGAAGAGCUUUUUAAAUGGCAACUGUUUUGUUUUUUCUCGCUCACAUCAACACACAAAUAGUGUGAAUAAUGUUGCUGACAGGACAGGUGUUAAGCGUUUCUCCCUCGAUUAGGCACAACGUUAAGACGACAGGUUUGGCAGUAGACCCAGACAUGUUAACGAAGGGGCUUUUCAUUCAUCAUGACACAAAGCGGAAGCACAUGCUAGCAUUCUCCGUGACAUUAUCAGCAACUCAAAAGUUUUGAAAGCAUGAAAUCAAAAUCUCGACUGGAGGUGCUCGUGUAGAACUCUGUUUAAAAAGAUAAACAGACUGGUAAACAGACUUGUGAAGAGGAUGAUGACAGUGAUUUUGACAGUAAUUGUGACGACCAUGAUGGAAGUGGUUAGAAUGGGCUUCAUCCAUCCUCCAUACACACGGCAUGCUGAGGAAAAUAAAAGAGGAGGAGGGCGAUUAUAAUCAGAAAUGGUAACGCUCCCUCAACGAUCCACUCCGCUGAGCCUAUAUAGUCCCCCAUCCCGUUACCACAGCAACCCAGAGCCACACACAUUUGUUGUGGAGGUGAGUAAUUGCCCCCCCAAUUAAGAAGGUGUGUGUGUUGGGGGGAUGUUGGAGAGAAAGGCCACCUACUCUUGGUCAUUUGUUAUUCAUAUAUUAUUUUGUAAUUAUUGUUUUUAAUAGAUGGGACUGAAAUGGGAAACUGUAUCAUGGCUGUCACACCACAGGGGGGUGUUUGGGCGAGUAUAGUGGCCCUAUGUUACUGAAUGUGAUGAUGUAACUAUAGUGUACAAUAGUUGUUGGCCAUCGGUAUUGUUCAAGGGUUUUCCUGGCCUCUCAUUAACAUCCACUAAAGGGAAAGCACCACACUACAAUUCCCUGCAGCAACAAAUCACCUCUAUGUUUCCUAACAUCUCAUAAAAGGGGCUAUUUUAUUUAUUCAUUUGUUGGUUUAUUUCAUGUUUGUACCCUUUGAUACGUGUUGUGGAGCAUUACGUGUAAUGGCAGAGAGGACUAGAGAACUAGAGCCUGUGUUUAGCCUCUGUCAUGUCAUCCUCCCAGUGGCUCUGUAGUGGCGUUCCCAGACGGGGUCUCGCUAAUGGUAGUAGUGUUGACACGACACUCCUCCAGAGCUCCAGUCAGCCCAGCCACGCCGGGUGUCAGCUGUGCUGCUGGGGACGUGCUAUGGCUGCAGCCAGGGACAGACUCUCUCUAGGGGCCAGGGGCCCUGCAGAUAUUCCACAGCUCCAACACAUCUGUCUGGCCAUGCUAGAGACAGGCUGCUGAACACUGUUCAUGUUAGGGCGGUGGUUGGGAGUUGACACAACUGUUGUAAUAGUUUUUUUCUCUCAUUUUAUGAGAUACUGUAAUUAGAAAUGCUUUAUUUAUUUUAAAACAGUAAUAAGGAGGCAUAGAUGGCAACAAAUACCAAAUAAAUAAUAAAAUAAUAAAUAACAAAUAAAUCUUUCUCUGCUAUUCUCCAUCAGAAUGGACAGACAGAUGGACAGAUAGACAGAGGACAUGAGUUGCUAUAGGAACAUCAGAGCCCUGCCAUUAUUGUCCUAACCUUGAUCACUCCAAUGCUGCUGUUUAAUUCCGCUCCGUUUUUCACUUCCAUGCGCUCAAAGUGAAUAAUUUGCAUGCACAGAAAGGAGAAUUAGCUUAGCGCAUUAAUCAAGCGCCUCCAUUUUUCCAGAUGGCCGAUCCAGCGGUCUCUGUGGUCUGUAAAUGGGAGCUUUUUAACAGCAUUUUAUUCCACAUUUUACAUAGAUAGUGCUAUCAUUAGCCGUGAUCGCCCUGAAUAAUACAAGUCAUUUUGCCGUGCUUUGUUAGAUAAGACGUUCACGGCACCAGGGACGCCGGCAGCCAAGGGCUCAUUUUCCAUGUGUGUUUGUUGUAAGUUUGUGUGCACAUGUGCGUGUGCAAGAGUGUUAAUGUUGUAUUUAUCUCCCUGUCGUUCCUGCCAAGUUGUUCUCGCUAGUCUGUAUUUAGUGGGAUGCUUCUGCAGGCUGGCAUCAUGGCGGGUGGCCUGUGAGAGGGACAGACUGACAAAGGGAAGGGACCAGCCGGAGGCCGCCUCCUCAGUGUGAACUAAUGUGGGUGGUGGUGGCGUUGCUCUGUAAAGGUCUUCAUUUGUUUGUUGUUAAAGAUCUAAUUAAGGAGAUGAGAGGAAACAGAACGGGACGUCUAAUUAGAGGGGAGCUCAGAAAUCACUUUGAACCUCAAGGACACCCAUCUAUUAGCGCACACAGAAAACCUUUAUUAAAACCUAAGUGUGUGUGUAUGUUUUGUUCCCUUCCUUAAAUGAUUAAAAACGCCUUGCUUGAGUGGGCAUCCCCCUCUUCUGGAGAGAUGUGGAGGAGUAGAGAGGGCCGGCGCAUCCUGAACCCCUCUCUCUUUCUGUCUUCCAUCUCCUUGAGUGUUUAGAAAUCUGUCUUCUAAAGUAUAUGUUGCAUCUGUUGUCUCAGGACAUAUUCUAUUGAUUACUCAAUUCCACAAACAUUCACAGCAUACAUGAAGUGAAAGUAUGUUUAGUUAUUUCAGCCAGUCAGUAGAGUGAAUGAGUACAGGUGGAUUUGAAAAGCAAAGGCUAGAUAAGUAUCGUAGGCUAAGUACAGUAAUGUCAGUGGCAAAGCUAGGUUUUAACAGCACUUGUAACAUAUUAUGAGUCAGGAGACCUGUGGUCCAUGUCAACACACUGUUCUGCCCCAGGAGUGAUGUGUAUAAGCACCAAGGUUAUUAUAGUAAACUGAAACUAAUACGAAAAUUAAUCAUAAAAAGCUAUUUAGUAUUUGCAGUGGCGAUCUUAGCAUGUACAUCUUGGUGGGGCAUGCCAGCAAAGCCACUACACAACACAACACUAAACAAUACAUUAAUUGCACUAUAACGGUGACAAACGAUGCCCACAAACUGAUAGAAAUGCCAUGAAUAGAGCUGAUGGGAUUCCUUAUUCUACAUGUCAGAUGCAUGUUUGUUCUACAUAGGCUGCUAAACGCACCCCUGAUUUUCCAGGAAGUAGCCUUGUAGUUGAACUUUUGUAGACUUUUUGAAUGUUUUUCAAUGGGCAAAAACGUAGAUGGGUCUUCAGUGCACUAACUUCAUAAAACGCACCUGGCAGAAGUACAUUCAUCCACAAACAUGAAUAUGAUCUCAUAUACAUCUUAAAUGACUGCAUUUUCACGAAUUUGAUGAUAAUAUUGUCAAGCCCAUUCAAAAGAUUAGGGGGCAGGACCCGGACGUAUGACUGCCCCCCCAGUUGCAAGAAGUGGCAUCCCAAAAAACACACAAACACUAUAAAACUGAAACUGAAACAAAAUAAUAUAAAAACGAAAUAUAAAUAUUUUUAUUCAACAACUCUAACUAAAGAAAAACUAGCAAAUCAGGUCUGAAAACUAACUGAAACUAAACUAAAUUUCAAAUAAAAAUAGAAAAACUAAUAGAAAUAAAAAUGAAUAUAAAAACAUUAAGUACAGUCCAUUUACACAGAUAAUGCAGCUCUCUGUGAGGGCACUGAGUGUCUAUGGUACGGAGCUGUGGGGAGCUUGAUAGUUAACAAAUGCCUUGUGUCUGUUUCUCCUCUCCUCCACAUCAGUAGUCCAGUACAUUGUGAAAUCUUGCCUGUGUCAAAUCUAAAAUGAAUGAGGAAUUGCUGUUCUAAUAAUAUUGAUUUAUGAGCAGAAGCCCAAACAUGAAUAAUUUAUUUUUCUUAAUCAUUCUCCCGCUUACUUUAGGAGAAUCUCAUUUUGGUUAUUUUUCACCCUUGAACACAGUUAUUAUGUGUGUGUGUUUAGAAGCGAGCAAUUGAAGAUCACAUGAACUGACCUGUUGUAAAUUCUACUAAAGAUUUUCUUUGACCAUAAUUUUUAGCCUGAGGCCACAUUGAGUUGCACUGUGGAAGUCUUCAGCUAAACUAGUGUUAGGGAGCAGGGCUGGUGUGUGUGUAGUGUAGUGCCCCUGUACCCAGUCUCUCAUACCACAUUACACACACACACUGGCAGUGGGGCGGUGGGGGGAAGCAGGAAGAAAACCAGUCAUGGAUGUUUACUGUAGUUUGCCUUCCUCUUUACCACACCACAAUGCCAUGCAGAAAAACAACAACAUAGCAAUAAAAUAACAAAAAUAACGUUACUAUAGUACUGUGUAAAGUGUUUCCACGAUGAUGGACAUGCGUCCCAUCCCGCCCCUUCCUCCCUCCCUCCCCUCCCUAUACUAUACCCCUAUCUCUCAGGGUUCCCAGAUUAUGGGUUCUAUUCCGGGGCCGGGCCCAGUGACCUGCGGGGACCCCCCUGCUCCUUUGCCGACUAUGGCUCCUUGGGGCCUCAGGCUGCUCAGAUGCUGCAGCACAGUGAGCAUCAUGCCACCUCCGCCUGCAACUCCCCCCUCCAGCACCAUCUGCAGCACAGCCCGGACCCCUUUAAGAGCCCAGGUGUGUACCCCGCUAACGUCUCCUUCAAUGAUGCCAUUCAGAUUAAUGAACUCUAGUUAGGAAUUCAUCAGGAGGCUUGUGUGUGUGUGUGUGUGUGAGAGUGUGAGUGAGGAGGAGAUGAAGAGAGAGAGUGUGAUGAAGAGAGAGAAAAUAAAGGUGUUUAUAGAGACAGAGAGAGGAACAAGGUGAUGUUCUGUAGCGUAGCACCCCUGGCGGUUUGCCUGCUAUACCCUGCAUGCCUCUCAUAACACUGCUUUUGGAAGUGACUUCAGGAUAUGUUUAGUUUGAUAUGUAUGUGUACAUGUCUCUGUCUGCUUACGCACUCCAUGUGGCGCUGAGGGAAGGACGGAUGGCUGUCUGUUGACUGAAAGACAGAUACCGCGUUCUCAUUUUACACAGUGAUGGUGACCUAAUGUACUGUAGUGCCUACAUAGGCAUACAUGAUAAGUGUUACCCAUUUUCAGUUCAGCAUACAUUACAGUAGUAUUGUUGUUAGUACCGAUUUUUGUUUAUCACACCUUCAAAUAUUGAUCUCCAUCCCUUGCUUACCCACAGUUCAUCUGGUUUGUUGGUACAGUGCAUUACGUUUUCAUAUAAGGUGAACCAUCAUUUAUAUGUAUUUAGACUGCUCAUUUAAGUAAGAGAGAGAGAACUUGAUAAGGAAUUUGUCGUACAGAACGAGUGACCAUAAAUUGAGCUCCCAAGGCUUGUAUUUGACUAGUUACAAAAGUAUGACAAGUGUUCAUGAAUAAGUUGAGCAAAAGUUCUGUGGCAAAUUAUUCCUGUUGGCUUGACAUCUUUCGAGAUAAUGUUUUGUUGCUGGAAUGAAGUCUAUUUGAUGAGGAAAGAAGGAACAAAGAGUUGCAGAAUGCAUUGAACGGGUUACUGUUAUCAUAGCUCAUGCACAGACAGUCUGAAUGAUAUGGUCUUUAGAAACGCACACCUUCCUCUUAUUUUGUUGGUCCCUUAAAGCCCGAUUUCCUUUGAUAAAUCUAGACUGGAGCAGAAAGUGCUGAACAUUGUAAUACAGUGAGAGCAGGUUACUCUGACCUUUCUUUAUAAAUCACCAAUAGGGUUCUAACCACACAACUGUCAUCCAAUGAGCGUAAGUCAUGUGUAGUUAUUAGUGGGGCUGACAGUGUGGUUUAAAUACAAUAAAUCCUGUUCAACAUGGGAACGGCCAGGGGGAUGUGCAAUUCAGCAAAGUCUACCAAUUAUGAGGAAUCUAACCUGCUGUAUAAACAGAGAUAGAGUGGGUAAUUGGUUAUAACAGUCUUGUUAGGACUGGGUCACUCUGAUAAGAACAGUGCAGCCAGUCAGAAACCUUGCUUGAUACUAAGCAGCAGUGUCACUCUGAGAAGUUGUUUAUUUCUCACUCACAAAGAGGCUACUGUAACUUUGUCAUUUCAUUAUUUAAUCCGCUCAUGUUAGAGGGAGAAGGAAAUAUUUGAUCUGAUGUGUGUGUGUGUGUCAGUGUAUGCUUUUUCUACCCCCAAACAGGGAUAUCCAUAGAUAGUAUUGUGGCUUUUUUUAUCAUACGACACUUGUUAGAGAGCAACACAGUUACAGCUUACAACAUAUUUUGCAAUCCAAUAAUCUAUAGUGAUCAUGGAAGUGUGUUUAGACAGAGAUUUCAUUUUGACACGUAUUACAAUGUGUGGCUAAAUCCUCCUUCAUUCUCAUUUAGACUGUCUCCUUUCUUGAGAUGGUUUUAAUAACCCUUACCCUCACGAGUCUUCAGAUCCAGCGCAUUAAUAGACCUCCCUUUCAAUGCACAUCCGCACCAACCAAAAGAGUCCAGCUGCAGUGGAAAAACUGAUUUAAUAUUCCUUUAUUAAUAGGAGUGUCACUGAGCGGCGCUCUGAGAGAAAAAUGAGCGGACCUCACCAUGGGGGCCCGAGGUUCCCGGGAUUUUUAAUGUAAUAUAUGCUCUUGUUUUUAUUUAUUUUAAUUUGUCUUUUCAACACACUAAAACAGAGGGUCACCUGGUGCUGAGCUCACUGCAGCAAUGGCUCAAUUUGAGUAAUUUAACCCCAUGGUUCAUCUGCUUCCCUCUUUCUUUUUUAUUUCUUAAUUGCCAGUAUUAUUGGUCUGGGAUUUCUCCCCGGCGUUGUGUUCUAAUUUUCAAAAGAUUCUGUCUAGCUCUCUUUGCCUCUCUCACUUUAUAGCCGUAGUUUUCCCCACAUACACUGCCAAGGUCAUCUAGAUUGGCUGUUCAGACUUUCGUUAGUUGGUUAUAGUGGCUGUCUAUCUCCCCCUGCCCGUCACACAUUAAACACACACACACACACACCUUUUCUCUCGCUCUCUUCUCUCUCUCGCUCUCUCCUCUCUCUCUCUCUCUCUCUCUCUCUCUCACUCUCUCUCUCUCUCACUCUCUCUCUCUCUCUUUCUCUCUGGGUGAGCUCUGAGAUGCAGAGGGUGGGUGGUGGGCUCCAUUUCUCUGCUCUUUAUUGUGUGCUCUCUCUCUCUCUGUGGAAGGGCCGGCUGGGCUUGGCAGGAGGCUGCUGUGGAAAUGUGACGCAAUGAUGCAGUCUUUUAGCAGGCAUUACCCAGGACACCCUGUGUAAUUUCCUGGCUGUCAGGCACCAGCUAGGCCUGAUACCCCUGUCACUAAGGGGAAGAUAAUCACCAUCAUAUAUUUAAAGGAGGAGAGAGAGAGGGCCUCUCCUAGCGACAGGUGUUGAUUAGAUAGGGGGUGUUGUGCCCAAAUCCCCGGAGCAAUUUAUUGUAUUAAAGUGGGAUUCAUGAACUCGCAUAUUUGACGCUGGCGGACGCACAACGCAGUGCUAGACGGAGAGAUAAGGAGAGGGACCUUCAAAGAGGCAUCUCACUUUUUCUCUGCCACCUUUUUACAUCCUAUAGGAUCUUGAGAUGAGCUCCUUCAGCUGCUGUAUAGAGCGAUAGCCUUCAUAUCUUCCCUUUAUAGAACAUGUCUCUGCACUGUCUUAACUCUACGCUAUUUUGCAGUUUGCAUGGAAUAUGAAUGCUUAGAGUACGUAAAAGUAGAAAACUUGUCAUGCAUGAGCAUCCUGAAUUACAUCUACUUUUAAAACUGUGUUUAAUUGGAGCUUGUCAGAUGGCUAGUAGAAUAUGUAUACAUUUUGCAUAUGUAUAUGUUUAUACCAGGCUCCUCAUACAAACAUCACAUUUAAACAUUAUUAAUACAUUUCUGCUAGCAUUACAUUCAAUUUCAACUGGAGAACAAAGCAUUGAGCCUAAUUAAUGUAUACAUAAACUAUGUACACUCUUCCUUCUUCCUCUCUGACGUUGUCAUUUCCAGUUUGACUGUAGUGUAUUGAGUUUUGUGCUUUGUGUUUUUCAGCCCAGUAUUACUGUGCAUGGAGAAGGCUAUAUGGACACUCCUGACCUGCAAACUGAUAUUUAAUUUCAGAAUUGGUUAAAAUUUGGUUAAAGGGAAAAUCCACUCAAAAACUAUAUUUUAGUAUUAUGCAUGAAAGUCCAAUAUCUUGAAAACUUGACUGUUGACAUGCAAAACAUUUUGGGACUGUAUCAAUAGUGGACUAAUGAAAAAAGUCAAAAAGAUCGGUUUUGAGUGGAUUUUCCCUUUAAGGUAAGGAUUUGGGUAAGGUAAGGGUCAGGUUAGUCGUUUUGCAGGUCACCAGUGUCCUUAUAGUCUCUCCCACUGUGCAUGCCAGGCCUCAGUCUCGUACUCAGCUUUUAUCCAUCUCUGCACACCACCAGUCCUAAAUAUCUACGUUGCUCAUCCCAAUUUUGGCGCCCCCGCUUCCCCCCCUCCGUCAGGCACCAACCAGGCCCGGCCCGGAGCCUUCCCCGGCACCAACAGUCCCGGGCCCGUGGCUGACCUCUAUGGCACUCCCAGCCAGGACUCCGGUGUGGGCAACUACAUUAGUGCUGCUAGCCCACAGCCUGGCUCUGGCUUCGGCCACAGCAUUGCUGUAAGUAUGGCCUACUCCAGCAACUCGUCCACCUCCUCCAAUACCGCCUUCAUCUUCUCUGUGCUGUCGACCAUCGUCCUUGUUCAUUCUCUCAGCCCAUUUCAACUCAUCGUCAGGAUAUUUCAUCAGUCUGAAGGAUAUGGUUUCUAUACACAAAAGAGAUAGGUAUGCUUAUUAUGCUACAGACGUCUUGUGAGGUCUUCCGUUCUUUACGCUAAACAUAUAGUAUCUAUCAGAAGAGAACUGUAGAUUAAGUAGUGCUUACUGUUUGUGAAUGUGAUGGCAUCAUGUAAACAUUUAUCAGAGUACAAUCUCUGCGAAUCAAGAACAAUCUUAAGGCAAUUUCUGCUGGUCACUCUGUACCACUUGAGUCAAACAUCAAUGCAGGCAUAUUCAGUGUGCUCAGUGUCACUGUGCCAGAGUUUAGGCCUAUUUUAGUCAAAAGCUUUACAGUGCUUAUGUGCCUGCAAUACAGUGAGAAUGUUUGCCAUCGGAACAUAAAAUAAGGCACAAGUGCUCGACAGGUGCUCAGGCACGUGGUUGGUUCUGUGUGAUUGUAAGCAUUACCAACAUUCCGUCCUCAUUCACACAUCUCAUUUAUUCUUAUAACAUACUGUGAACUUGUACGGCCUAUCAUCACCUCUCUGAUGUGUCAGUGUACUUCUGUUCAUGCGCCAGCCAGAAGGUCAAAAAAUCCCGCAAUUAGUUGUUUUUGCUCAUAUCUGGAACAGUAUUUUGUUUCACCUUUUCAGUGGUGAUGACUCCUGAUUUGAGUACGCUCACAACAGAGGAAUUCCAGGUCUUUGAAAGGAUUCUCGUUCAAAGUGCAUUAUGUAAGUCAAUACGACAAUAAUAACCCCUUGUGCGUUAAACCACUGUCGUGAGAAUAUUUUCUCCAUGUCCUUUGAAGACACUGACAUUCAUUAUCCCUGUUGGCUGCUUCAGUCUGGAACCUUUGACGAGGGUAUUGAUGGAUUUUAGCCAGCUCAGGAAAAAGCACGGAGGCAAAUCUGCUCCAACUAAAAUGGAUGAGUAACUAAAAGCCUUGUACUCUGCCACACCGAGAAUUAAUACAAUUCUCCCUGUUUGAACUGCUGUCCAAAACACAACAUCAAGGUGUGCUGAAAACUGAAUAAGGCUUUUUGUAUGUUUGGCCCACUGAACACCUUGUCUUCCAGUGCAUUCCUAGCAUGUUAGAGGAAUUGUAAAGGAACCGUGUCGUCACAUAAAGCACCACUCUGGAAACAGAGAGGGCUUUCAUUAGAUUAGCUAACAGCUGAACGAUCAUUUGGAAUCAGAAUGGAAUGUCACCUUCCACUUGACUUUGAGAGACAGUUUCAACCUCAAUAAGUGAAAUGUAGGUUGAAAAAUAAGAUCUUGUCUAUAUUUCAGAAAUGACAGGCACUGUUGGCACUCAAAAUCCCUAGUCAGAAAUAUUUCAUCCCAACCUACAUAGAAUUAAAUGGCAGAUAUUUUUCUCUUCAAGCUCAGUUUUUAUGAUUGUCUUAUAUAGCGGCACAUAUUUUCUUUUUUGGACGUUGGCUGUUGAAGUUCACAGUUUCACCUACAUUAUGGCUUGGGCUAGGUGACACAUUCGCUUUGGAGGAGUACUCCAUUUCCAUUCUUUCCAUCCUUGACAUCAUUGCUGAAGUUGUUUUUGCAUGUGUUGUGAUUCUGCUGGUGAUUUCAUUAAAACAUGUUAGCAUGAAUGUGAUUACAUUAUAGUUCUACUGAUCCAUGCAGUCUUAACAAAACCUUGUUCACACAAUACAUACAUAGUACACUUAGACCUUUGACGCUAACAACAUUAGUCUCCUGCUUUAGCCAGCAUUAGCCACUUAUCAUCGAGCAAGUUAUCCAAAUCUCUAUGAUGGAUCCUUAUUGGUGGUGAAUGCAGUAAAUGGCUAUAAUGGAUCCUUAUUGGUGGUGAAUGCAGUAAAUGGCUAUAAUGGAUCCUUAUUGGUGGUGAAUGCAGUAAAUGCGAACCUUCAAAAAGAUUUAUGUGCACCAUGUAGAGAACUGCUGUAAGAAGAACUGAUGCCAAUUACUACUGCUGUCCACUGCUAGAGAAUUCAAUUGAUUUUAAUCACUGCUUCUUAUCAAAGAAAAAAUACAUUCUUAGUAUGUACCCCAGCAGUAACAUGCUCUUCGGUGUCCAUGUCCACAACUCUUUAGAAAUAGUUUGAUUUAAUUUAUGCUGCCUAUAAAGAGAGCUCUGCUCUAGGACACAGACAGGUUGCCAGCACCACAAUGGGACUGCCUGAGACUCACCUCUGUGAAAUUAAAUAACCAAAUUGGGGCUUAAAUGCAGUUCCAAUGGCUAAAACGAACUUGACUUGAGGAAAUGAAUGAGAACAUUUCCAUUCAUGCUGGCAGCACAUCUUAUGAAUAAAAUAUAUUUACCAGUAAUAGGUUUAUUUUUUGCCUUUUUCCCUGAAAUGCAUACUGACGCAAGCACUAACUGUACACUUUUAGGGGCCGUUGAUUGCAACUGCUUUUACAAAUGGAUACCAUUGAAACCUAACAGGUGGUUGGUUGCCAUCUCAUUUGAGGUAUUAUUAUGUCAUUUAUAUAAUGUUUUAGUCUUUUUCCUAUUAUAUUUUCAUUUUCUUUCCCUUUCUGUCUGAUUUAGAUCCUCCCCCUCAAAAAACAAGAAAUCACUUUUUACAGGGUUUCUACACGUUGCUUACAUGUCUGCAUUCUUAUGUUGUAUAUUUAAACCCUUUAAAAAGUGAAUGUUUGUCAUUUUCCAUUGUGAAACCACCCUGAGAUGGUGAAAUGCACAUGUCUAGCUUGUAACGCCCCGACACUAUUGUCACUUUGUUACCCUGUUUCUAGAAGACUAAGCAUGUAUUCUGUUAAAAUAAAAUAUUAUAGUAUUCUGCAAAGGAAAAGUGUACUGGGUUUAUGCAAACUCUGCUGUUGCUUUCCUCACUGUUGCUUUCUCUUGUGUUACCAAUUUUAUGUAGCUAGCUUUCCACUGGAAUUCAGCAAUCAACCAAGAGUCAUAACCAAGUCAUAUAUUGUACGGUGGGUUGGCAUUGGCUAUUCAGGGAACAGACUCUGGUUUCUUGUGGUCCUGUGUGGCUCAGUUGGUAGAGCAUGGCCCUUGCACUGCCAGGGUUGUGGGUUCGAUUCCCGAGGCCACCCAUAAGUAAAAUGUAUGCAAGCAUGACUGUAAGUCACUUUGGAUAAAAGUGUCUGCUAAAUGGCAUAUGUUAUAUUAUAUAUAUUAUUUGACGUGCUACUGUUCAGUAUAUGGACACUGGUCUGAGUCUGGAGCUUGAGUUGAGAGUGAGAGUGAGGGGGAGCUGGAUCUGUUCACCUUUGGGUCAUUUCCUCCGCUGGAGACCACAGCAUCUCUACCCUCACCGCCAGAGUUUAUUGAGUAACUUUAUGAAAACAAACAUCCAAACAUAACUGUCUGAAGCCACAUCAGCGAAAAUGUGUGUGUAUAAAGUGCAUUUGUGAGCAGUUUGAGAGAGUGACAAGUGAGAGUGACAAGUGGAGUGUGUGCGUGCUUGCGCGUGUGUACACUGAGAGUGUGUGUAUGUCUCUACAGUGAGAAUCUUUGCCUUAGGGCAGUGUUAGUCACUGCAGCUACCCAGCAGCAACAGUCCCCUACACCACUUCAAGUUUCAGUCUUAGGCAGUCAGCUUUGUGUCGAGUUAGAUCGACCCAGACAGAGACACCCCAGUCCAGUUCUCCUCUUGAGUCUUAUUCAUAAAACCCUCCGUUGGACAGAUAUGUCAGACUGGUGGGAGUGACUGCAUGGUGGCACCACUGAGCUGGUGUAGCACCCUGUGUCCUAUCGUGUAUUGCUGUGAAAUGGAAUGACACGACAGAUGUAGGCAUCAGUUCCUCUAGUUUUCACCGUAUGUAUUGCUGUCUGAAAUGGAUCACCAUGGUUCUGGUAGGUGUACAUUAUGUACAACAAUUAGCAUUUGUUGUUGAAAUUCACUGCUAGUCUAUAAACACUGAACAAAAAUAUAAAUACAAUAUGUAAAGGGUGGGUCCCAUGUUUCAUGAGUUCAAAUAAAAGAUCCCAGAAAUGUUCCAUAUGCACAAAAAGGAGGAGUAUUUUUGUCUGUAAUUAAGCCCUUUUGUGGGGAAAAACUCAUUCUGAUUGGCUGGGCCUGGCUCCCAAGUGGGUGGACCUAUGCCCUCCCAGGCCCUCCCAUGGCUGUGCCCCUGCCCAGUCAUGUGAAAUCCAUAGAUUAGGGCUUAAUUUAUUUAUUUCAAUUGACUGAUUUCCUUAUAUGAAAUCUUUGAAAUUGUUGCAUGUUGCGUGUAUAUUUCUGUUCAGUAUAAAAACACAGGGCCAGACAGCACAGUGGAAGCCAUCAGAGAAGGCAACAGAGUAAAGUGCAGUUUUCUGUAAACCUGCUUUUAAAAACGAACCCCUCAUCUAACUGGUAGCUGGGCGGUACUGCUUGUCUCUGUGCAUGCUGUGUGUACUGUAGACUAACAUGGGAGUGAUGUCCUGUCCAUGCCUGCUGCCCCUCUUCCAUAAAGCUCUGUGUCGUGCGUUAGCAGGGAUACUGCUGUACACUAUGUUGUGUCUGGGCUGGUGUCUCACUGCCGUGACCAUCCUAGCCUGGAAUCCUUUCUUGAAGUGAAGCAAUAGUGAAACAGAAGAAUUGAGUUUGGUUUCCAGGCUAGUGCCAUCCAUCUUUCUGCCAGUGAAAAAGCUCGCAUGGGAUGUAGCACUCCUUCUGCUCUCUCUCUCCCCAGCAGAGGCUGGGUUUGAGAUUAUUAAAUUUGGACCAUCUGCUGCUUCAACCAAUUCGAAUUGGUGCUACCAUCAAUGAAAUGUUUCAGAAUCAAGAGAACAUUUUAAAUGAAGAGAUAUAAUGGCACAUAAGAAAAUAUUGGCAGUUGAGGGGAAAAGCUGUCAGACAUGACAUACUGUAUCAGUGUUACAGAGAAGCGGGAACUUUUGGUUUUAACUAUUGGAUUUGAAUGUCUCUGUUUCCCAUUCCAGCAGAGUAUUUCAGGAGGCCCGGGGAAGACCGGGCAGAGUUUUUAACUGGCUAUGUGAACAGGUGAUGCCAUCCAACGCCAAGCACUACUGCAUCAACCAACAGGAGGAGAGUGGAGGAGGUGGCACCACGUGA